AUGAAGUUCAUUACCUGGUUCUUCCUCUUGGCCACCGCGAUACUCGCUGCUCCCGCUGCCAUCUUCGAUCCACAGUCCAUGGACCCAAAGGCCUUAGCUGCUGUGAAGACGUGCGGCGGCGGCACGGGGUAUUGCAGUAGUGGACAUUGCUAUUGCUCCAACUACUGUGAGGUCGGGUACUGUCCCUGGAGUCCUUGCGGGAACGAGUUGAGAAAGGAGCAGCACGGAGCAGAGUGGACACAUGACAUGCGAGGAUGCAAGGAAGGAGUGAACCGCAGCGGAGAUUUGUAA